AGUUGUACACCGCUUCUGCACGCGGCAGCAAUCAGAGACACAGGUGAGACCAGUCGCAAUUAGGCAAAAACAUCCUCAGCCCUAGCCUCGAUCGCUGUGGUUCAUUCCCUUUCCUUGCGUCUAACCGCUAUGGAUUACGGUGCCGCAUCCAAGUCAACCGCUGCCGGACCACUGCCCCCUAUUCCCCGUCAGAGUCGCCACCAAUCCCGGAGGAAGGUAAUUGAUCCUUCUAUGCACUUACAUCUUCGUGACGGUGACAUAGAUCGUGUCGGCGUAUCACCAGCCUCUCCCGAAGUAAUUUCGUCUCUAAUUACCAGUCUAUCUGUCAUCUCAAAGCCGGCGAAUAAGCAUUUCGAGGGUCAAAGCCUGUCUACGCCAAACUCGCCACGCGACGGUAGCUUCGGUGUUGAAUACGGGGCAUUUCCUGCUUCUAAGCUCGGCCGGUUACAGGAGGAGGAUAUUGACAUCAACGAAUUGGCUGCCAGUUCCCCUACCAUUCGGACAGCGAAACCGCCAUCUGGCUUCUCCCCAUUGACUGCCCCAAAAUCGCCACGUCGUGAGUCUUCGGGCGGAGGGUUGAAGUCUCUCUUGCGCAGCUCGUCUAGACCAUCGUCAAAAGGUUCCGUCUCGUCGUACGAUGACACACGUAGUAUAGGCAAUCUUUCGAUCGAACGUGGAUUACCACCUACACCCGAAUUGCGCAGACAACGAUCGCACGACAGCUGGGGAAAGAAGCAAUCUCGCAGUCACAGGGGUUUGAUGUACAUGAGCUCGAAAGAACGGUUACGUGCCAGCGAGAUAGAAAAGAAGCGCGCAAGCUCGGGGUCCAUUGGCACAUCUAAUAGUUUAGGUGCAUUGUUACCCAGGACUGACACUAUUCUUGCCGAAAUCCCGAUUUGCGAAGAACCGAACGAUUCACCAAUAAAAGAAAGCAUGUACAAUUUGAGUCCAUCUUUCGAUACCAACAGCGCCCAUAUGUCAAUUCCAACUCGCGACUCUUCUUUGCGCAAGACGGGAACCAACGCCAAAAGAUCCUCACAUAGGUCUUCACGGUCGCGAAAAGAAGACGACGGUUUCGGCGACAUUAUUCCGGAAGGAUCUGAACACACUAUGUCGCGCGAUCCAUCCCAUACAAGACGACGACACAUAAGCCGAGCAAACUCGGAGGCUGGCGCUCGGAGAAGAGACGAUUCUCUACCACCCGAAAUGCCACACUCAGCAAGAGCAAGCACGUCUUCUGCUAAGAAACCCCAGGAACCCAAUUAUAGGCAUCAGCGCUCAAGAUCAUAUUCAACCGAUACAAACGGAUUUGAGGAUGGCGCUCCAUCUCCGGCGGUAGCGCAGAGUAGAAGACGUAGUGCGCAUGGAAGUGAUCGCAAAACACCAGGGCGCACGACUCCGGACUUGGGCGAGAUAAUUAAACCUAAACGAAGCAGCUCACGGUUAAAGCGUCUUUCGGCAGCAGGGCCUAAAAGCCCGGAGCUAGAAAGGAGAAAAGAGGCGGCUACUCCGGAGCCCGUGGUGGGUUAUGAGCGACCUCAAAGCGCGGAUUCCAUCGACGAUGCUGUCGAGUCCUAUUUGUGUUCGCCAAGGUUGUCGCAGAAGAUCCGACAUCCGCAGACUGGCCGUGUCAUAUCAUUUUCUGAAGUUGGCGAUGCUGAAGGUUCAGCAGUAUUUUGCUGCGUAGGCAUGGGCUUGACUAGAUAUAUCACCGCGUUUUAUGACGAGCUGGCGCUGACACUGAAGUUACGUCUAAUCACUCCCGAUCGGCCCGGCGUGGGUGAUAGUGAGCCGUAUGCUGACGGGACGGCGACACCGCUCGGUUGGCCUGAUGAUGUUUAUGCCAUCUGUCAGGCGCUCAAAAUCAACAAAUUUUCUAUCCUUGCGCAUUCUGCUGGCGCUAUUUACGCUCUUGCUACCGCGCUCCGCAUGCCACAGCACAUCCGUGGCCGUAUUCAUCUUCUAGCUCCUUGGAUCCCUCCGUCGCAGAUGAAUGUGUUCGGUACAUCUCAAGCCUUACCUCCUACCAAUGCAAUCCCUACAUCCCAACGGAUUCUCCGAGCCUUGCCAACCCCUUUCCUUAGAGCAGCUAAUAGCUCCUUUAUGACGGCUACCAGCAGCUCUAUUACUAGCUCAUUACCUAAAACUAACACGCGUCGCGGGAAGCGGAAGUCCUCUGCCCCUGUCGGCUCAAGCAAUCGCCGAGAUAUAGCACCUAGCUUGGACAAGGAGAAUUUAGUGCAGGACACUGCAGACGGGAAACCCCUCCCACUCUCUGCCAGCGAAAAUAUGGAUCGGUAUCGUCCUAAUGACAACGAAUUCAAUCCUCAAAAUACUAUUAUUGCUGCGGCUACCGACGCUAUAGCGGAUAAAGAAAGACAAAUGUCAUACGACAUGCGGCUUACUCACGCGAUUUGGGAACUCGCUACUACAGGAGCCAACCCUGCUGUGGACUUGCUUGUCUGCCUAGAGCGAAGGCAAACAAUUGGCUUUCGCUAUGUAGACAUUACCCGCCCAGUCACUAUUCAUCACGGAAGCAGGGAUACACGUGUCCCGGUCGAAAACGUCAAAUGGCUUGGAAAGACAAUGCGGCGUUGCGAGGUCCGCGUUCUCGAGGGUGAAGGACAUGGACUGAUGGCUAGCGCUACAGUUAUGGGCUCCGUAUUAAUGGAGAUAAGUAAGGAGUGGGAUGACUGGAUGAUACUUACAAAUUCGAAGCGGACCGACGAGAGAGGCCGAAGCAUACGAGCCAGCGCCCGGUGAAGAAGCAUAAUUAUGGUAUAGAUAGGUGGUUUUCUGGAGGAGCAUCAUAUCGUAAUAUUUGCGAUUUGGAUCAUACCCGGCGCAUGGGAGUUUUGCUGAAUCAGGGCUUAAUGGUAAUAGGAUUCUCAUAAGAAGGGAUAUUUUUGUUUUGUUGCUUUAUAUACCAUGACAAGGUUGACAGUGCUCUACGCCCAUUAAGAACCUAUUAAGCUUCAUAAAAUCAAGCGUUAGAGAUCAAGGCUGGGCGUUGUUAAAUGGGUAUUGGAGAACCGAGGAGGAUACCGUGUACAAGUAGUUCUUAAGUCAUAAAAACGACUCGGCCGAGAGUCUACCUACAUAGCAACUUAAUGUCUAACUCGAAUCUCCUUUUUGAA